ACUUUGAUCUAUGUGCACAUUACCUACUUCUAAAGGCAAUACAUAAAACAUUCUGCCCGCUGCAAUGGUGCUGCUGAAAUUCUUCCAUAUUUCCGUUUGCUUGCUAGUAUGCACAGCCAAGGAGACCAACCAGGAAGCAGAAGCACUACUCCGAUGGAAGUCCACUUUGAUUGGCACCAACUUGCUGUCCUCUUGGUCGAUUACCAACUCUACAUGCUCUUGGUUCGGCGUCACCUGUGAUGCUGCCGGACAUGUUACCGAGCUCCAACUUCAUAACGCGGGGCUCCAUGGUACGCUUCACGCCUUCUACUCUGCAGCGUUACAGAACCUCACUCUGCUAGAUCUUUACAACAAUAAUCUUGUUGGCGUCGUACCAGCAAAUAUCUCCAUGUUGUCCUCCCUCAGUAUUCUGGACUUGAGCUAUAACAAUCUUGCUGGUGCCAUUCCCUAUCAACUUAGUAAGCUUCCAAUGAUUGUUGAGUUAGAUUUGGGAAACAACCACUUGACCAACCCGGAAUAUGCCAAGUUUUCACCUAUGUCCACUUUGAAGUUGCUAUCUCUAGCUAAUAAUGACCUCAAUGGUACCUUCCCACAAUUCAUCCUCAACUGCUCCAGUCCUAGUAUGAGGUCUCUAGAUUUAUCGGGUAACUCCUUCUCAGGGCCGUUACCAGAUUCAUUGUCUGAGAUGGUUCCAAGAUUGCGGUAUCUGAAUUUAUCCUCUAAUGGAUUCUCUGGCUCCAUACCCUGCUCACUCUCAAGGCUCCAAAAGCUCAAGUGGCUAUAUCUCAACUCAAAUAAUCUCACAGGAGGAAUCCCCAAAGAGCUUGGGAUGAUAACUGGAUUGAGAAUGCUUUCUCUGUACAACAACUCACUUGGUGGGUCGAUCCCAGCCUCACUUGGGAAGCUUCAGUUGCUACAGCGGCUCAACAUUGGAAACACUGAUUUGAUUUCUAGUCUUCCGCCCGAGCUGGGGAAUCUUACCAGUCUUGAACACAUGUUACUGGAAGGGAACCAUUUGUUUGGAAGCUUGCCACCAUCUUAUGGCAGACUGCGGAAUUUGCAAUAUUUUGACAUAGGGAACAACAAAAUCAAUGGUUCCAUUCCACAAGAUAUUUCUGCAAACUGGACCAAAAUGAAGGGUUUUGAUGUAUCCAACAACUGGUUAACCGGAAGCAUCCCCCCACAGAUCAGCAAGUGGAAGGAGCUUGUCUUUCUUGCCCUGUACAACAACAAUUUUUUUGGCUCGAUCCCAGUGGAGAUGGGAAGCAUGCGGAACUUGCAACUAUUGUCCUUGUACAAGAAUCACAUAACUGGAACAAUACCGUCAGAUAUCGGUAAUGCGACAUCUUUGAAAUUCCUUGACAUCAGCUUCAACCAUCUUGAGGGUGAGCUUCCUGCAGCCAUCGCGUUGUUGGUAAAUCUUGUUGUCCUUGACUUGUCUAGCAACAAGUUUACAGGUACCAUUCCUAAUCUUGAUAGCAGGAAGUUGGCAGUUCUUAAGGUGGCUGAGAAUAGCAGCUUCUUGGCAGAACCAUUGUCUGCCUUUUGUCAACUAAAACAUUUGCGACUCUUGGGUCUAUCAAAUAAUAAGUUAAUUGGGCAGCUUCCUGGUUGCUUGUGGAACUUGAAAGAUUUACAAUCCUUAGAUUUGUCAAGCAAUGCUUUUUCUGGGGAAGUUUCAACCUCAACUUACUACAGUACUUCCCUAAGAUUGUUGCAGUUGUCGAACAACAAGUUCACAGGUUACUUUCCAGCAGUCAUGAAGAACUUCAAAAACCUUGUUAUUUUAGAUCUCGGGAACAAUGAGUUUUCUGGUGCAAUUCCUCCGUGGAUAGGGGAAAGAAAACGUCUGCUGAGGAUCCUUGGACUGCGAUCAAACAUGUUCUCUGGAAGUAUUCCGUGGCAGCUAUCACAACUCCCCCAUCUGCAGUUACUUGAUCUAGCUGAAAAUAACUUGGUAGGCACCAUACCACAAAGUUUUGCAUUUUCCCCUUCAAUGAGACAGCCAGACAUGAUGCAGCCGGUUCUAACAAUCAACAUACGAUCGACCACCUUUGGAUAUUUUUACAAUGGCAGCAUGGACAUAGUUUGGAAGGGACGGGAGCAUACAUUUCGGGGAAGAGAUGCAUUUGUGACUGGUAUUGAUCUCUCCAGCAAUUCUCUAUCUGGUGAAAUCCCUUCAGAGUUGACAAAUCUUAGAGGCAUCCAGUUUCUAAAUAUGUCAAGAAAUCAUCUAUUUGGUGGUAUCCCGAAGGACAUUGGCAAUCUGAAGUUGUUAGAAUCCUUUGACCUCUCGUGGAACAAACUAUCAGGUGCAAUUCCUUCUAGCAUAUCGAACUUGUUAUUCCUCAGCUCUCUUAAUCUCUCGAACAACCUUCUAUCCGGAGAGAUACCUACAGGCAAUCAACUCCGAACACUGGAUGACCCAUCAAUUUAUAGCAACAACCUGGGACUUUGUGGCUCUCUGUUGAACAUUUCAUGUAAAAAUGGAACAGAUGGGGGAACAGAACAACAUGAACAACUUGAGACCAUUUGGAUGUACUACUCAGUGAUUGCUGGAACAGUUUUUGGUUUGUGGUUAUGGUUUGGUUACGAAGGGGAUGCAUAUCUGGAAGUACAGAAAGCUGUCCAAGUAUUGAAUGUAUCAGUUGACUUGACAUAUUCUGUUUCAAGGUUCAAGACAAGCAUGCCAUGUAUUGGCAUGCGAUUUCUGUUAUGCCGAACUUUUAUAUCUGAAUAAGUUUGUUGUAUAGCUUUA